GCAGUUUGGUCCAUUCCCGCCUCCGUACAUUUUGACGUGCACGGACAUACGUAUGCGGAACCUUAGUUGUAAACAAAAGCGAACACUGCACUUACUACAUUUCUCUUCUGAACCAAAAUAACCCCGAAACAUUGUCAUAUAUUGUAAAACACAGCGUGUUAAAGAUGUUUGGCAGUGGUUGAUGAAAGUGCCAGCUCAUUCCUUUUCAAGAAGACAUACUUUGGUGCUGUAAGCCCGCAAAAACGACUAUAGCCAAAAUGUCUAGAAAGCAGACGUCAAAACCUGUUCGGAGCAAUAAGAAGAGUGAACUGGAACGCAAGAAGGAUGAGCGGGCAGCACGCAGGGCUAUUGUAAAGGACCGCAAGAACCGGCCUCAGGAUGGCGACGAAGGAGCAGAGUUUGUCAGUUUCUCCAAUCAGCUCCAGGCCCUGGGGCUUAAGUUGAGAGAAGUCCCCGGAGAUGGGAACUGCCUGUUCAGAGCUUUGGGCGACCAGUUGGAGGGUCACUCCCGGGGUCACCUGCGGCUUCGGCAGGAGACUGUCCAGUAUAUGAUGUCCCAUCGACAAGACUUUGAACCCUUUGUUGAGGACGACAUUCCCUUUGCACAGCACUUGUCCAACCUCUCUCAGCCUGGUACGUUUGCAGGCAACGACGCCAUUGUGGCUUUCGCUCGCAGUCAACAGAUGAAAGUGGUCAUCCAUCAGCUCAACACGCCACUGUGGGAGAUAAAUGGUGCAGAGAAGCAGGUAUGCAGAGAGCUACACAUUGCCUAUCGCUAUGGAGAUCAUUAUGACAGUGUGAGGCGGACUGGAGACAACUCUGAGAAUCCUGCUCAGCUACGCAUAGAGAAUCUACAGAAUUCACAAGGCCAGCAGCGUGAGUUUGGGGACGGUCAGAGGGACAGGCGGAAAAACCCGUCUCCCACAGCCUCAGAUGAGGACAACGUUAUCCUCAGCGCCAUAAAGAAUCAAGGAAUCCAGGGAGAUGAGGAGAAUCUGCUCCAGCUGAGUGCGGCAACCAUCAAUGCAGAAUGGCUUGUUGGCCCCGAGAUGGGCCAGUCCUGCCAGGGCCAGUGUGGCUCAGGAUCCUGCUCAGCCUGCAGAGCUGCUGCAACAGACUGCAUUGAGCAAAUACAGCCAACAGAGGGCAGCAACGUACAAAACCCAAAGGUAUCUAAUAAGCAGAGGAAAGAACAGCAGCGUCAGGAGAAGAAGAAGCGUCAGGAGGAGAGGCAUCGGCAGAAAUUUCUCCAGAGUAAAGGAAGUCAGAACCAGAACCUUCCAGAGGCUGUUACUUUAGUACCAGCUCUCAACACCCUCAGCAUAUAGACUGGAGCAUGGCCGAAAUUACCUUAUGCUACUGUCGCUUCUGGUGGCUGGCGCUGUUUUGCACAUAGUCAAAUUUUAGUCACAGUGGAUGACUUUUCCUAAAGAAAAUCCUGUAGUUUCUUUACAGACAGUAUAAAGGUGUGUGUGUGUGAGAGAUGUGGGAAAGUUUUAAGACUUGUGAAAGAGCAUAACCUUCAGUGUUUUGUUGAUCAGAUCUGAUCUCAGAUCUGGCCUACCUACCACGCUAGCUAGCCCCUUUCUAUGCUGGACAUCUGGCUUUAUAUGAAAACUAUACAGAUAAUCUUGUGCAGCUGGGUUUUUUGAAUUGGUCACACAUUGAGUUUAAUCAAUUUGUUCGGUCUGACCGAAAGUGAAAGAAGAGUUGCAGAGGAAUGAUUGUUAUGCACACUGUGUAAGGAAUAUUGCAAUAAAUAAAUGAUUUACUGUUUUUGUGCACAAGGUAAUAUAUUAGAUAUUAGCCAGGGUGA